CUGGGAGCGGUCUUCUAGCAGGCAAUUGAUCGCAUGGAAUUCCACUUGUUUGCUAUGCAGUCUUCGGUGACAGUGAAGACGACAAAUUUUAUGCAGAUAGAGGUUUCGAGAGCAGAGUACAUACAUGGCAGCAAAGGCGACAAACCUUGAGCAGAUUCAGAAUUGGAGAGCAAGCAUCAAAAUUCGCGAGCAUGACAGACAGACAAGGUGAAGAUGCAAGGGAGCCGUAAUAAUUAAAACUUCGCCCCAGAUCCUAAAAGCGACCAUUGCGGCUACAGACUCGGACUCUCAAGUCAAGGUUUUAAUUGUGGGCGCAAUUGAACAUUGUUGCCCAAUCGCAACCUUAAAAAAAACUUCGCGUCUUCCAUCUUCGUUCAACCCCACCACCACAAUUCAACCGCAAUGCCUCUCGAUACCUCAACGUACUCCCUCGCACUUCUCCGCCUCGAUGGCCGACGAUGGAACGAACUUCGACGUCUCAAUGCGCAAAUGCGAACCCAAGCCGCAGCAGACGGUUCCUCAUACCUGGAAAUGGGCAAUACUAAGGUGAUCUGCACCGUGACGGGACCUGCAGAGCCAAAAGGCGGAAGACAGGGGGGAAGCGGCGAGAAGGCGGACAUACAGGUAUCGAUAUCUAUUGCUGGAUUCAGUGGUGUGGACAGGAAGAAAACGGGCAGGAAUGAUAAGAGAGUCUCAGAGAUGCAAAACACGAUCACGGAAGCAUUCUCCCAGUCACUAUUUACGAAUCUAUAUCCACACAGCACGAUCUCCCUCUCUAUCCACGUCCUCUCUCAAGACGGCGCUCUUCUCUCUGCAUGUAUCAAUGCUUCCACUCUCGCCUUGAUCGAUGCCGGAAUUCCAAUGCGAGACUACAUCUGUGCCUGUACAGCUGGCUCUACAUCAAGCUACGGCAGCAAUGACGAACAAGCAGACCCGUUGUUAGAUUUGAAUAAUGUAGAGGAGCAGGAAUUGCCUUUCUUAACGGUUGCUACAUUGGGCGCGAGUGAUGCUGUGAGUGUCUUAGUCAUGGAGACCAGAGUUCAAGGGGGAAGACUAGAAGGCAUGCUUGCUGUGGGUGUUGAUGGAUGUAAGCAAAUCAGAGAGAUCCUGGAUCAGGUCGUGAAGGAGAGAGGGAAGAAGAUCUUGGAUGGGAGUCAACUAUAG